AUACAAAUUUGCUAUGUAGUAAAUAAACGUUAUCAGUAGAAAAUAAAGUAUCAAAUAAAACAUUUUUGUGUAUGGUUAUAUUAACACUGAAUUAUAAAAUAAUCUUUGAGUAAAGUGAUCAUUAGUUUGGUGAAAGCAUAACCAGGAUGGUCAUUUCAUACGUCAUCAAGUUACUUAAUAUAACUUCAUCAAUUUGAUCAAUAUUAUAGGGAAAUCCAUGAUCUCUUAAGUACGGCGAAAUUUUCACAUAUACAAAUAUUGCCGGAAAUAUCGUAAAGCAUAGACAACAAAUAUGUAUGUUUUAAGAAGCGUUUGUAGAUGUGGUUUACACAGCCAGGGAUUAAUUAAACAAAUAACAAUGGGGAAACCUGUUUGGAAAUCCAAAAUGAACUCAGUUUCUUCAAUACAGGGAGUAUAUGUCCAAGUAAGGAAUUUAGCUACAAAGGACGAGGUUGACGAAAACGUGAAGAAAUUCAGAUCUGGAAAUUAUGAAACAAUCCCAGACCCUCAACGUUUGCAACACUUCAAAAAAAGCCAUGGAAAUGAUUCAACAAUACCAAAAGAUGAAACUCCUCCAAUUGGAGCAAAUGCGUUGCCUCAUCCAAUAUGGAUGACCUAUUAUACUGUAAAACUAAUGAGGGGAACUUUUGAUAUACUGAGUGGUUUCAACAGAGGGGAAAGAAACGAACGCAAAUGGGUCCUACGAAUAUGUUUCCUAGAAACAGUUGCGGGUGUCCCGGAUUCAGAAGAAGCAGAGAAUGAAAGAAUGCACCUUAUGACAGCAUUACAGCUACGUAGACCAACAAAGAUAUUUAGAUUGGGCGUGGUUGUAUCACAGGAUGCUUUUGUUACCAUGUUUAGUUUGGCUUAUUUAAUAAGUCCUAGAUUUUGCCACAGAUUUGUUGGAUACUUGGAAGAAGAAGCAGUAAUUACAUACACUAAAUGUGUGCAGGAUAUACAUCAUGGUUCCAUGCAACACUGGAAGACACAAUCGGCUCCAGAAUCUGCUAUUACUUACUGGAAAUUACCGGAUAAUGCCAAGAUGUUAGAUGUGAUCCUUGCUAUUCGUGCAGAUGAGGCUCACCACCGGGUGGUCAAUCACACACUAGCUUCAUUAAAAGAAGAUGACUACAAUCCAUAUAAACCAGGAAAAUGAUAGCUAAUACUAUUAUCGUGUUAAGUUGACCAAUAAGAUAUCCAGACAUGUUAGUUCUCGCCAUCUGUCAUUUUAAGGAAAUAAAAUGGUUUGAAAAAAGAAUUGCCAGCCAGAAUGGUUAGUCAUGGACCGCAUUAAAAAACAGACAGAUUUUUAUACAAAUGGAUUUCAAUCGUUUUUCUAAUGUCUUUAUGGCUUUUUUGUAAAAAUACUCAGACUUUUUUCCUCCGUAAUCUAUGGAAUCAAAUGUUAACAACAAUCUAGUACUCCAAUGUACUGUAUCUAUAUAGACGUUUUAUAAAUUAAAUCAUUGUAAUAAAUGUUUUAUAAUCAA